ACACUGACACUGGGUCAUCAGGAGGAUAAUCCGGCCUGUGUGUUGGUAAUACUUGAGUACUCUAACUUUUUUAUGCGUAACUGAGUAUUUUUACUCUGUGGUUCGGGAUCCGGGCUCCUCUCCCAGCUCCGGGUCUCCUGUGGAGGGGGUCCGCAGCAUCACAGCUACCCACCGUUAGCUUUGUUUACAGCGGAGCUGAGAGCCUCGACCCUCCCCCACCCGGCUUCAUCAGCUCCUCCUACCCCUACAGGCUAGCCCGCUAGCCGUGUAGCCGUCGCUGUAAAAAAGAAAAGCGACCAGAUAUCCAGCUGGUUUAUAUUACCAGUGAAUUUAAAGGACUUUUUGGAUAAGACUCCGUCCAGAAAGCGCGACAAACUGCCGUUACGGUGGCGCUUCUGUGGCGGGGGGUUACGACGCGAUGGCCAGCUAGCUGCUAGCUAACGAUCCGGCUAGCUCCAGGAGCCGGGGGCAGGAGCUCCGGCGACGGACGUCUAACUCGGCUUCUUAAAGUCUGUUUUCGAGCCGUGCCAGAUUUGGUUCAACUGCGCUCGGUUUGUACGUCGGUUGAACUAAUUAAUGAGGGGAAGGUUUCCUCUCUAAAAUAUGUAGGUCAGUGUAAACGACCGAUGGUGGUUAUGUGGGUCACAGACACCAGUGCGUUAACCUGUUAGCUGGAACAGCUGGUUAGCAAGAGAGCUAGCUACAGCGAGGGGGGUUUAAUGAAUAUAUUUUAAAAGCAAAGACAAUAACCUGGAUGUAUUUGCUUGUGUUAGUGAGUGUCUCUCUGUAGAGUGAGUGUCUGAGCUUAUUUUGGGGUUAAAGGUCUAUUUUUUCAUAUUUUUGGAGCCGUCGGUUAGCGUCGUUAGCUAGCUGUUAGCCGAGUUAACCGAGCAGCUCCACUAACCAGGUGAGAGCUACACAAAGGUAACUCAGCUCGCUGGUUAAACUGUGUGAACUGGUGGAUUGUUCUGUAGCUGUAACGCCACAGCCGGGACGUGUAUUUAGCCGAGCUUUAACCGACAUGCUCCAGACUUUUAGUGUGUUUUUGUGGAUGUUCUAGCGGAGUAACCGAGCCUCGGUCCGGCUGCAGCGGCGACACUCGGUCCCCCCGCUUCUCUCCGCCUCGGCACCGAGCUCGGUUGUUUACAUCAGUGUUAACAUAUCGUAGCCCAGUCUUCCCUGUAUGCACACACAGGAUAGAAUAAUGGGUCAUGCUGAGUGAGGAGCUGUAUUUCCUCCGUGCUUAGCCGGGCAGCAGCAGCUUGGUGUCGCCCAGACAGAGUGGACUGUUCCGGGGUUCGGUGGUAGGAGGAUGGCAUUUCACGGCGCAGGCCGGCAGACCGUUUGUGGAGACUUGUUUCCGGGCUCUGAGCUGGGCCACAAGUAUUUCUGUGUCAACUCCUCCUGCGGAGCCCCCUCCACGGGCCUCAGCGCCACACCGUGCCUGACCGGACCCACUGCCCCGGCCGGGACGCCUCGUCACCCCACGGCUCUCGGAGGAAGCACCGGCGGCGGAGCAGCGGUGCCUCAGCCCUACAGCAACCCGGCCAGCGAGGUGCCCAGCCCUGCGGAGAUGGAGCCGGACCGCCCCAUCGGUUAUGGCGCAUUUGGUGUUGUGUGGUCGGUGACCGAUCCCCGCGACGGUCGCAAGGUGGCUUUGAAGAAGAUGCCUAAUGUCUUCCAGAACCUGGUCUCCUGUAAGAGGGUCUUCAGGGAGCUGAGGAUGCUGUGCUUCUUCAAACACGACAACGUUUUAUCAGCCCUGGACAUUCUGCAGCCUCCUCAGAUCGACUGCUUUGAGGAAAUCUACGUGAUAACAGAGCUGAUGCAGAGCGACCUCCACAAAGUGAUCGUGUCUCCUCAGCCUCUCACCACCGACCACAUCAAGGUCUUCCUCUAUCAGAUCCUCCGAGGUUUGAAGUACCUGCACUCUGCUGGGAUCCUGCACAGGGACAUCAAACCUGGAAACCUGCUGGUCAACAGCAACUGCCUGCUCAAGAUUUGUGAUUUUGGUUUGGCGCGUGUGGAGGAGCCCGACCCGUCACGUCACAUGACCCAGGAGGUGGUGACUCAGUACUACAGGGCGCCCGAGGUGCUGAUGGGCUGCCGGCACUACGGCUCGGCCAUCGACGUCUGGUCAGUGGGCUGCAUCUUCGCAGAGCUGCUGGGACGACGUAUCCUCUUCCAGGCUCAGAGUCCGAUCCAGCAGCUGGAUCUGAUCACAGACCUGCUGGGAACUCCUCCUCUGUCGGCCCUGGCGUCGGCCUGUGAAGGAGCCAGAGCCCACAUCCUGAGGGGGCCGCACAAACCGCCGUCGCUGUCGGUGCUCUACAUGCUGUCUGACGGAGCCACUCACGAGGCCGUUCACCUGCUCUGUCGGAUGCUGGUCUUUGAUCCGGCUAAAAGGAUUUCCGGCAGCGACGCCCUCUCCCACCCGUACCUGGACGAAGGCCGUCUGCGUUACCACACCUGCAUGUGUCAGUGCUGCUACUCUGUUCCCAGCGGCCGAGUUUACACCCGGGACUUUGAGCCGGUAGCCGAGCGGCCGUUCAGCCACAGCUACGAGAACAGUCUGCUGUCGGUGUGGCAGGGAAAAGAGUUAAUCCAUCGCUUCAUCACGGAGCACCAGCAGGGCAAACGGGUGCCGCUGUGCAUCAACCCUCAGAGUGCUGCCUUCAAGACCUUCAUCAGGUCGACUGCAUGGCACUCCUCCAAGGUGUCCAGGAAGGAGGAGAGAUGAACGCUCCUCCUCCUUCGGCUCAAGGAGCGACAGCAGUUUGAGAAAGGAUUUCAUCGGCCGUGACAUCUGAAAAUACCGAAGAGUUUGGGUCGUUUUUUAUUUCUUCUUCUUUGUUCACCUGGCGAGAUGCAGACGAGGGAAACAGUCAACCCACCUCCUGAAAGUCCCUGAAUAUUUUUUUCCCUUUGAAGUUUCCAGAAUAUAAAAACUUAACCUGCUUCACUCUUCUAACGACCCAGACGGCUGAUGCUCGAGGCGUUUUCGGUGCUGAAUUAAAAAAAAAAAACAACAAAUGCUGCUGAAGUGCUUGAGGAUGAAUAAGAAAGAAGAACUCGGUACUCGAUUUUGGAUUUUCCAGCUCUGUUAGUAGAGACAUUAAGGAAUAAUGAUUUUAAUUGUUUGGUAGAAUUGUUGCUUAGUUGAUUUUUGAAGUCAUUCCAGCCCUGUGCAAUAUGGUUUAACUUAAAAAAUAAGAAAAGAAAGAGAAGCGAUAAACACACCGGGGGAAACCAAACUUUGGAGCGUGCUCUCUCGCCAACCGGACACUUUGCAUCAGUGUACAACUCAACAAGACGCCAUCACCCGCCAAACGACGUGACACCAUUUAACCGCCAAGGUUUUUAUUUUGUUUUUUCCUCGAACGCAUCACUCACUGUGUUUUCGUCGCUCGGCCUCCUUCGCGUGCCGACGCAGCGUUAAUAAUGCAACUCUAACAGAUGUAGCAGGUUUUAACCACAGUCCCCAGGUGUUUCUCCACAGACAGUUAGCCUUGUUGUUGUUGUUGUUGUUGUUGUUUUUCGAGCGGCUCCUUUUCCUCACGGUCAGUUUGUUUCCGGUCCCUGGAUCAGUUUUUUUUUUGACCACCUUAACCUCGGGCCACGCUGAGCGGGAAAAAUAAAGAGUUUAGAAAAGAGGAAGUCAUUCCCCCCCAGUCUGACGUCAGCAGACAGACUUUUAUUUUGAAAAUUAUGACAGGAAAAUUUUGUCUCAGUGUUUUAAUCGUCUGAAAUGGUGUUCUACAGAUAGAAAGAGGCUGAAACAACAGAUGUUUGGCUGCUUUUGUUUUAGUUUUCCCUCCUUCCCGUCUCAUCAUGUAUUAUCUAAAAACACCUCCUCGGCCUCGACUUUUUGUCCCACCAGCGGAGAGAGAAAGAGGAAGCAACAACAGCGAUUAUGUUUUUUUUUUCUUCUUAAUUUAUUGAGUGUUUGUUGAAGAGUGUGUGUCUCCACCCUUUUUGUUGUUGUUGUUUUAAGCGACCCCUCUCAGUCUCAGUUACCUCAAACCCUGGGAAAUAACAAACUGAAGGCUGAGGACCUUGGGGGUGCACGUGGGAUUUGUGCACAUCUAUGAACUGAAACCCUCCCGUCACACCUUUACCGUCAUUCCUCCAGAUUCAGUGACUUCUUUUUACCUCGUGCUCGCUCCUCGCCUCUCGCCUCUCGCCCCGCCGCUCAGAAUCAGUGAGGUUUUGAGAGAGAAGGAUGUCGUCAGUGAAAUGCUGCUGUUUUUCUUUUCUUUGGUUUAUUGUUGUUUUUAGUUCCUGUUCAGUUUAAGGCUCAGGUGUCCUCUUGUAGACUAUGAAUUGUACAAAGCCACAUAAGGACGCACCAGUAUUGAUCCUAGUUUGGAUUAUCGGUGAAAAUCGGUAUCAGAUUCUACACUGUAAGAAGUUUUGCAGGCGGCUCUCUCGUCAUGGAGGAGAUUUCUGUCCUGUGACCACAAACGGGUGGAUGAGUUAAGUACUUUAACGUCAGCCUUCGGUCACAAUCGUCCGUUUAAUUGGGAUAAUUUUCAUUUAAAGUGUCCAUACUGGUGGUGUUUACAUGUUUAGCUGCUUAACUGCAUCUUCUCCACAUCUUCAAAUCAAAUCCUUGAUAAUGAAUUCACAGAGAUGUGAAACUUCCUGCACACACGAUUAUUUUCAUUAUCAGUUGAAAAAUGUCCAUUGCAUUUAUCCAGUGUCUUUUCGUGUCUCGUUUUGUCCGACCAACAGUUCAAAACCCAAAGAUCUUCAGUUUAAUACCAGCAAUAAUCAGAUGUGAGGAGCUGGAGCUUGUUGCCCUUUGAUUUUUCUGUCGAGCAACUAAUUGUUUCAGCUCCGAACUCAACACUGACGUCUUUUAUCAUUCUGUUCUGUUGUAAGUGGUGCGUUCAAGGACAGGAGGCUAAUUUCCAUCUUUUGGCCAUGGACGGACGUUCGAAGGCGACCUGAGACUAGAAUAAGACAUCUUAACGCAAAGGUUUAACACGUGGUUGUCAACUCAAACUGAAAGCAGUUUGUUGGAAGUUAGAAAGUAAGAAUUUCCUUUUUUGGACGAUGUAAAAAAGCAGAUUGUUGGAGAAAUCUAGAAAAUUGAGUUGACACUCUGUGAAAUCUUCAGGAUUAAGUCUGUAGUUGUUGCAGGAAACAUGUAAAACCAUCAGUGUGGUCCUUUAAAUCGUCGCUGGUUCCACGUGGCCCCGAGACGUUCGGCCCUUUUUUGACUGCAGGAACUUUGCCAGGAACCUUUUUUAGGAUCUCAGGAACUUUACGAAAAGGGUCAGUGUUAGUGCCAACGGGGCCUGACUAAAACAGAGAGAGAACACUCAGCAUUCAAACAUCGCGACAGUUUGAUUCCUCCUCACGUCUCUAACCAGGCUGUCGAUUGUUUUUAAUCCACGUUUGUUUUUGUUGAAACUUGACGAGAUGUGGAGGAAACUCAGACACACACUUCCUGGAUCGUGUGUUUGAAAAGGUGGAGAAGCUGCAUUCAGUGUUCUCAGAUUUUCAUGUUUUUUCUUUAUUAUUAUUAUUAUUAUUAUUAUUAUUAUUAUUAUUGUCGUACCUGCCCUGAACCUCCAGCAGGUGGGGCCCCUGAGCCCCCGCCGCCCCCUCUGAGCGUCCUCGACAAGUUUCCAGAUUUUUAACCCCUGAAACCUCAGCUCCUCUUCAACAGGAACACAGCGAGUCUCUGUGAGAAACAGAGACCGACUUGUAUAUCUGCAUGUGUAUAUUUAUUAUCCCAUGGAGAGCAUUUGGGUUUGAAUGCUGUGCAAUGGUUGAGUUUGUCGACGAUGACGAAAACGUACAUUUUGUGGUAAUUUUUUUAUUUAAUUCAUCUUAGGAAGUGAUUUUUAUUAGAAGUUUUCUGUUUUUGUUUGUUGUGAUCUAAUUAGACUUUUUACAGAGUCCGGAGUUGGGAAAACGUUUACAAUAAUUUUUCCCUAAAAAAACAAAACAAAAAAAGAGAGUUCUUUGCGCGCUGUCGGCACUGAUAAGUUUAUUUGAAGUUUAAAAUAGCAAUAUUUUGUUUUGUGUUACAAUUGAAAUGUUGCUGCUUGAAAUAAACUUAUUGGUGUAAUUUGUGCCCUCAGACAAACAAAAUCACUUCUCAGAUUUUUUUUUUUUUUCGCGAAUUCGCAGCGUUCACACUUUUGUUUCUUCAGCGCUCUGACGGUGUGAGACUUGUUGAGGAUGUUUUAGGACCAUAACUAAAGAUUAUUGUUAUCCAUUAUUGAUUUAUUAUUUCCCACUGAUCGAUUAGUCUGUAGACAAACUCGUAAGUGGCUCCUGGAUUGUUUACAAAUGUUUUGGCCAUGUUGAGUAACUGGACCUUGUUUAGGUGUUUUUGUUUAAGAGUUAUGUCAAAGUAUAAUAAUAACUAGAGCUGCAACUAAUGAUUAUUCUCAGUAUCGGUUCAUCUGCCGACAUUUUCUUGAUUAAUGAACAACUUGUUUUGUCCAUAACAUGUAAGAAAACAGUGAAAAUACCUUUAAUUAAUUCAACAAGUCAUUGAAUCGUCUUCCAACGUCCGACCAACAGUUGAACACCCCAGAAAUCUUCAGUUAAACGUCAGAAAAAAGUUUUUUUGUAGUAUAUUUUGUGCAGUAAACACACAAAUUCAGCUCUGUCUUUAAUAAUCUGAGGCACUGAUUUUUAAUAUGAGCGACACGUUUACUCGUUUAGGGAAGAAUUAAAACCGAAACGUUUCCCUCUGGACUUUUUAUUUUCUUUCUUUUUUUCUGUUGUUGUGUUUAGUAGAGCUCCUUCCAGGUUAGGAACAGUUUUUAAACUUAGAUGACCUGUUGGGUCUUUUUCCCUCCCUGCGCUCUGUUCUCAGAUCAGCUGACGAGUGUGUUUUAGAGUCUUUGAGCUUCUGUUGGGUCAGUUUUUAGACGUUGAAGUUAAAGCAGAGCGAAGACAGACGGACGAACAGACGGAUGGUCAUCUAUAGAGAUUAGACUUGUUUUCUUCUAUGAAAAGAAACUUGAUGUGUUUAUUAUUAUUAUAAAUAUGAAACUGAUGUUUUAAACGGAUGUUUUUUGUCUUCGUUUAGCAAAAGGUUUUGUUUGUUUUUUGACUUGUGUUCCCAACAAAUACUUGAAUUUCUUAAAAAAAUGUUUAGACUUAAAGUAGUGAAUGAUAAAUAAAUAAAUGGACACUGGAUAAUA